AUGGCGGCGGAGCUGCAUCCGCGGAGCGGAAAGCUGAUCGGCCUGUCCAACUCGAACCGAACAGCCCGGCGCAACCAGCCCGUCCAGGAGUUCAACCACGGCCUGGUGCUCAGCAAGGAGCCCCUGAGGGACCGGGAUGUCUUCACCGUCCGCAUUGACAAGAAGGUGAACUCCUGGAGCGGAUCGAUUGAAAUCGGCGUGACGGCUCUGGACCCGGCCUCGCUGGACUUCCCCAGCAGUGCCACGGGGCUCAAGGGCGGCUCCUGGAUCGUGUCGGGCUGCUCAGUGCUGCGCGACGGCCGCUCCGUCCUGGAGGAGUACGGCCGCGACCUGGACCAGCUGGCCGAGGGCGACCGCGUGGGCAUCCAGCGCAGCUCGCGCGGGGAGCUCCACCUGUGGGUGAACGGGCAGGACUGCGGCGCGGCCGCCAGCGGCCUGCCGCCCAAGCUGUGGGCCGUGGUGGAUCUGUACGGGAAGUGCACUCAAGUGACGGUGGUGAGCUGCGAGCCGCCGCCGCCCUCCGCAGAGAGGGAGAGAGAGACGAUGGAGCGGGACGAGGAGAACGAGGAGGAGGAGGAAGACGAAGAGGAGGAGGUGGUGGUACGUGGGGGUCGGGACGAUGGGGGGAUCGCAGCGCUGAUGAAUGUGGCAGCGAUGAACGGGAUGGUGAACGGAGAUGAAGUGCCUGAACUCAGCUGCAGCAACAGUCGGCCAGAAAAGUUCCCCAACAACCUGGAGCCUGACGCUGUCCUCACAGAGCACCAGCUCUUCGACGUCUUUAACAAUGCAAUAGUUUCGUUUUAUCGCUCUGAAGACGAGGGAGGAGGGGAGGACGGCGGAGGAGGAGGAGGCGACGCCGGAGGAGGAGGCGAUGCAGGAAGUGACUCUUCUUCCAGAACUGACAGAGGGAGCGGCGGUGGAGGCGGCGCUCCGGCUAACGCUGAUGGCAGCACAGGGACGGCCGGAGGCAUCGGAGCGGGCGGAGACUGUGGGAACUCUAACAACAGCCCGGCCGGUACCGGAGGGGCGGCGCCGGGGUCCGGGGCAGGCGGGGUGAUGACCAACGACGCGCUGCUGUUCCACGAGAAGUGCGGCACGCUGAUCAAGCUGAGCAACAACAACAAGACGGCGGAGCGGCGGAGACCUCUGGACGAGUUCAACAACGGAGUGGUGAUGACCAACCGGCCGCUCCGGCACAACGAGAUGUUUGAGAUCCGCAUCGAUAAGCUGGUGGACAAGUGGUCGGGCUCAAUCGAGAUCGGAGUGACCACGCACAAUCCCAACAACCUGGACUAUCCUGCAACUAUGACCAAUCUGCGCUCAGGUACAAUCAUGAUGAGUGGCUGUGGGAUAUUAACAAACGGGAAAGGAACUCGUAGGGAAUACUGUGAAUUCAGCCUGGAUGAACUUCAGGAGGGGGAUCACAUCGGGCUGAUGCGGAAAGCCAGCGGUGCGCUCCAUUUCUACAUCAACGGCAUCGAUCAAGGCGUGGCCGCGGCGCAGACUCCCAGCGUGGUCUACGGCGUGGUGGACCUCUAUGGCAUGGCCGUCAAAGUCACCAUAGUCCACAACCACAACCACAGCGACCGCCUCAGGCGCAACAACGCCAUCAUGAGGGCUCUGUCGCCCGACGUCGGCCGGCCGCGGCCCGCUCUGGCCCUCACUCCGGACUCAGAAGGACCCGACCGUCUCCUGUUUCACCCCAACUGCGGGCAGAAGGCGGCCAUCAUCUGCGACGGCAGGACGGCGCUGCGGCCGCAUGCAACUGAUGACUUCAACCACGGGGUGGUCCUGAGCAGCCGGCCGCUGCGCUCCAACGAGGUGUUCCAGGUCCGCAUCGACAAGAUGGUGGACAAAUGGGCGGGCUCCAUCGAAAUCGGUGUCACUACACACAAUCCCGCGUAUCUGCAGCUGCCGUCCACCAUGACGAACCUGCGGUCAGGGACGUGGAUGAUGACGGGAAACGGCGUGAUGCACAACGGAACCACGAUCCUGGACGAGUACGGACACAACCUGGAUCGACUCAAAGCCGGGGACACGGUCGGAGUUGUCCGGAAGGAAGACGGCAGCCUGCACUUCUUUGUGAACGGCGUGGCGCAGGGCCCGGCGGCCUGGAACGUGCCCCCGAACGUCUACGCCGUGGUCGACCUGUAUGGCCAGGCGGCCCAGGCCACCAUCAUGGACGACAUGGUGGACCUCCCUCCUCUACCAGAGGACAGCUCAGACGGCCCCACCGCCAUGUCCCCCGGGAGCCCCUGCUCUGUGGCGGGGGCCUCCACUUCCACUGACCUGCGCUUCCACCAGCUGCACGGCACCAACGCCGUCAUCACCAACAGGGGGCGCACCGCGCUGCGCCAGAACUGCCGCAGCGAGUUUAACGACGCCAUCGUCAUUUCCAACAGGUGCCUUCGGGAUGGAGAACUCUUUGAAAUUGUUAUUCAGAAGAUGGUGGACCGCUGGUCAGGUUCAAUAGAAGCAGGAGUGACCGCCAUCAGACCGGAGGAGCUGGAGUUUCCGAACACAAUGACCGACAUAGACUACGACACCUGGAUGCUGAGUGGAACCGCCAUCAUGCAGGAUGGCAACACAAUGCGCAACAACUACGGCUGCGACCUGGACUCCCUGACCACAGGCUCCCGGAUCGGCAUGAUGCGGACCGCCAACGGCGACCUCCAUUACUACAUCAACGGCGUGGAUCAGGGCGUCGCCUGCGCGGGUCUGCCGUCAGAGGUGUUUGCUGUGAUCGAUCUGUACGGUCAGUGCGUUCAGGUCUCCAUCACCAGCUCCUCCGGCCCGCUGGACAACAGCCUCUGCACAAGCAACGUCACCGAGAAGAGCUUCCCCAUCCACUCUCCAGUCGCAGGCGUCGCCCAUCGACUCCACAGUAAGCAUGGAAAGAACGUGGUGCUGCUGGGCGAGGGCUGCCAGGCCAUCAGAGUUGGCGGCUACUCUCACGGCAUCGUGUUCAGCGCCAAAGAGCUCAAAGCGGACGAGCUGUUUGAGGUGAGGAUCGACGAGGUGGACGAUCAGUGGUGCGGCUCUCUGCACAUCGGCCUGACUACGCUGGCGCCUCCGGAGCUGCCGUCCUGCCCGCUGUCCGGCCUCUCGCCCUCCCUCCCACAGCUCCGCACCAAGGUCACCUGGCUGCUCUGCGGCUCCGAGGUCCAGCGCAACGGCGUUCUGCAGCGGCAGAAUUACGGCUAUUCGCUGGACCGGCUUACGGUGGGGAACCGCGUGGGCGUGAAGAGGUGCAACGACGACACCAUGCACAUCUUUGUUGACGGGCAGGACAUGGGGCCUGCCGCUACCGCAGUCCCCAAGAAUGUGUACGCCGUUUUGGACCUGUACGGGCGGAUAACGGCGCUGUCCAUCGUCAGCUCCUCUCUGAUGGAGGACUUGGAGAGCAUCAAGGCACCUUCGCUCACCUCGGACAGCUGCAGCGAAGGGGAGGAGGACAGCAGCCCCGUUAGAGAGGUUGAGAGUGAAACGUGUUCCCUGGUGCCGACGGUCAUGAUGUUUCUGGAAAACCACGGCAAGAACAUCCAGCUGUCCAACCAGAACCUGACGGCAGCCCGGGUUUCCAGCUACAACCAGGGCCUGCUGGUCACCGUCCAGCCGCUGGCGCGCCAGCAGCUCUUCCAGUUUCAGAUCGAUCGUCUGAACCCGUCGUGGACGUCGUCUCUGUCGUUAGGGGUGAUAGGCCACUCCCCCGACCGGCUGAACUUCCCCUCCACGGCCUGCUGCCUGAAGCGCUCCGCCUGGCUGCUGCAGCGCGACUCCGUCUUCCACAACUCUCUAAAAAUAUGUGAGAACUACGGUCCUAACCUGGACACUUGUCCAGAGGGGACAGUGUUGGGUCUGCUGGUGGACACCAACAACUGCCUCCAUCUCUACGUGAACAGCAUGGACCAGGGCGUGGCGGCGCAGGACAUCCCCUCGCCCUGCUACCCCUUCAUCGACCUCUACGGCCAGUGUGAACAGGUCACCAUAGUAACCAACAACGUGCCAACUGUGGGUGCAGAGAGCGGCGACACGCGCUUUCAGGGAGACAUGGAGAAGGCAGACAUGGUUGACGGCAUCAAAGAGAGCGUGUGCUGGACGCCCCCUCCAGAGGUCAACCCCAACAAGACCUGCGAGUACCAGGCGCUCUGCUCCCGCUUCAAGGACUUGCUCACUUUGCCAGACGGCUACUUCAACGAAGAUGCAAAGUACAACCUGUGCUACUGCGAGUCCUGCCACAAGCUGCGGGGAGACGAGGCGUACUACAAGCGAGGAGAGCCACCCCGAGACUACGCCCUGCCGUUUGGGUGGUGCCGCUUCGCCCUCAGGGUCAAGUCCCACUGUGAGGUUUCCAAUGCACUAAAGAAGUGGCACAUUGCGUAUCACGGCACCAACGUAGGAGCCCUGCGGCGCACACUGGACCACGGCCAGCUGCUGCCUGGAACGUCGUCCAUUUUCCUGGUGUCUCAAGUGAAAACGGAGGGUCCAAACGGCUACACCGAACCAGAGGAGAACAGCGCCCCGGGCAGGGAGGUUCCCAGAGUGCGGCUCUCCCCGACCAUGCGCUACUCUGGCAUGGAGACGUUUGCUCCCAAAGUGCAAUUUCAAGACCCGCGUUCUCACCGCUGCCACCAGGCUCAGGUGGGCUUCCAGGUGUGCGUGCGGCCGGGCUCCUACAAGGUGGGACCUCAGACACUGAGCCACAGCGAGCCUCUAGAUCCCCGCUUCAGCAACUCCGAGAUCGAGUGGAUCACGAAGGAGCAGGGCGGCACUUUUCUCUACGGACUGCUGGUUCGGGUGGAGUGAACGGCGUAGCGGCGAAGGCCCGAGCGCCGCUUCUGGUUAUUUUUGAUAAACAGACAACCAAAUCCAAGCCCUGCCUUGAGCAAGACACUAGUCUGGAGUCCGGCUGGUCCUGAAGCGGAUUGUCGACAACUCAGCAUCUUUGGUUUUGUUUUGACUCGCUCGCUCUUCGGCUCCUUUAUCGGCGGAGAGCAGCGGUCGUUACCGAGAACAGACACUGCCUGCACUUUAUGUUUCGGACACUAGUGGGCGAUUUUUAAACUUCUCAUCGACGCAACAUGUUUGUUUAUAAGCUUCUUUUUUUUUUUUUUUUUUUUCUUACCAUUCUCCCGUCAUUUUGUUCUUCCAUCCUCGAGUAGCUUUUUCUUUUUUUUCUUAUUUUUUUUUUAGUUUGGCACUUAGUUUUAACACCUUUGACUUCCGAAUUUUUUCACAAAAAAUGACUAAAAGGUAGAUUUGAUUAAAAAAAGAAAAAAAAAAAGAGGGACGGUGUUUUAACAGCAAUGUAGAAAAAUAACGACACUUGAAUCUGAGUAUGAGCCCGAGAGCAUCGUGAUUGUGACCUCGAUAGCAGGCAGAAUUUAAAACUGGAGGGAGGGACUGAUAUGUUUACACACCUGUCUUUCACUGUGUUUCUGUCCUCUUUGUGUCUCCGUAUGAGCAGACGUUAAUAUUGCCGCCGAGACGUUGGUUUACACAGGACUCGGAUAUGGGAAUGGCUUUUAACUAAUCUAAUUUUGAUGUUUAUUUGACUCAAAAUCAGAAUUUCUGAGCUUGGUGUUGGAAAAAUCAAGUUUAAACCGUGUUUCUGUGCUAGUUACGCCUCCAUCUGGAGGUCGUGGUUCAUUCAGGAAAAACAACUGGAUCAAACGCAAUAUGGCUGCCCGUGGACUGUGAUUAAAACCAGGGCUAAAUUUCACAUUUUAUCAGUAAGCUGCUGCAUUCCACUCUUCUUGGAAAUCCAGUCUCAGUUUUGGGACUAAAGGCUUCACACUAAAGUUGAACAUUGUAGUCACAACUUAAACAACCAGUGGGGAUUUAUCCAUUGUUGCGGUACGGACAUCUUGUAGCAGUACAAGCCACAACAUGGCUACAAACCAGUUGUCCAGCACUCUGUUGUUUAUAAAUGAGACUUUGAUGAGCCUGGCAAUCGUAUUUAGUAUUAAUCUUUUGGCUGUUGUGAAGCUUCUAUUGUCGAGGGCCUUUCAUGUAGCAUUUUCCAACCAGAAACGGGGAAAAUCUGAAUUACAGAAAUGAAUGGAAAUCCCAAGUCCAUGAGCCGCCCCGACUUUGAGUCAAAUAUGGCUUCCACUCUCAGUGUAAGUUACAGAAACGGUCUGUAUUUGUGCCUCAUGCUCCGGGAGCCACGCUGGUUUUCCAGAUCCAAUUUCACGCUAGUGAGGUGCAUUUUUAUUCACCUCAUAAGUCAGAUCUUGGAGUGACAAUCGGCACGCUCCAGUUGGCUGUGGGAUUACCAAAUUGUGGUUCCCGCCACAACAAUACAGGGCAUUUCAGAUCCGUUUUAUGCAAGUACCUGGUUCAGUGAGAAACAAACUGUGUUGCGUGCUAACAGUAUAGUUUUACAACUCAUAAUUUUAUUCACAUGGUAGCCAUAUUGGAUAUUAUUAACUUCUGGGCUGGGCUGGUCUGAGAGCUUUUCAUUUUGGCUUAAAGGGGCGCUUUGUUGCGUUUCCAGAUGGGAACAUCGAAAAUGAGACUCUUAAAUCUAGUAGAACAGUUUGAACAUGGAAGGUCUCAAGAGUUUAAAUCCAACACGGCUGACAAGUAUGUAAAAAAAGCUAUGAGAUUUUUGUUAAAUGAGAUACGGUUUUGUGCCGAUUCUGAACAUUAUGGUUUCAAUCCAUAACUCCCAACUUUUUUUAAUGGAUUGCUGUUAAAUUCGGUCAUUCCCACGUCUGAGCUCAGAAUUUGAGGUGAACAGAACCAAAUUUAAGUUCUGAUUGCUGUUUGGUUUGGGGCCAAACAUGACUCGACUUGUCGUUUUAAGGAAAACCACUCACAAGCUUAUAAUGGAAAUAAAACUGGUGUUUAUAAUCACCGCUGCACCUUUUGGCAUAAAAAAAUAAAAAAAAGCACUGGAUUGUGAUUUACAGGAUAUAGAAAAUUUCAGAAGGUAGAUUCAGGCUGAGUUUGAAUGGUUAUGUUUCACCGCAACCAGUUUUGUUUUUACAUUUAUAAAUGAAGGGUAAGCUAAGGGCAGCUAGCUAUGUUCCAGUUCUUCCAGAAGCUUCUCGGAAAAGUUUGAGGAAAAACUCAAAGCUAGGUAAUGUGUAAGUGAAAAAUUAAAAACACUUAUUUAUAUCUUAUAUAUAUUUAAAAAAAAGUCAAACUAUAGCCAGAGUUGUCAGCUAGCUUAGAAAAACUUGAUGCUAGCAUUAGCAUUCGGCACCUGAAUUCAGGACUAUUUCACUGUUUUUAAGGAAUCCGAGUUCCUCAGAUGUAUUAACUUCAAAUUGUAUCGGUAUAUUAUGCAUUUAUAAGAUAUUGAAUUUGAAAAGUUAAUUGUUGACUGUGUAGUUAUCCCUUUAUACAUGUCAGUGACCCAAACGCUAGAUUUUGAUUGCUUAACUACAACAAUUUGCGUUUAAUUUUUUUUUUUUCCAUUUUCUCACAGAGGAAAAACUGCGAAAAGGUUAAAAUUAGACAUUUAGUUCAAGCUUCCAAACUCGCGCUGGUUAAAAGCAGUGAAUUAGCUCUUUGCUCAAGUGCUCGGCGGUCCUGUGGUUAUGAAAAGUAUUGAGGGAACCACAUACCGCGUCUGUCCAUCUCUGCCCGUGCUAAGCUAAAUUUAUAUCUGUUGUUAAAUUCUGCUCUUUAUCCCAAUCCCAAAAUGCCCAGCCUCCCUGCUGAAGUCGGAUAAAGCCAAAAGGUGCGACAUCAGUCUCGCUCCGUCGCCGUUUACGUCACACGCAAACCCAUCCAUUCAUCCGUCCUGUCCGACACCGUUUACCCGACCAACACCGCUUCCUGUGUUUCAUUCAGGUUGGCUUUCCACAAACCGGUGUUUACAUGUGAAUGUUGUUGAUUAGGGCUCUGCAUUCAUUUCACUCCACGACUGAUUUGCACUCGCCAUUUGUUCAUAAUCCAAAAUCCACCCGCUUGGAUUGUUUACAACCAACUUUUUUUUUUUCCUUUUUUUUUUUCUCCGCCAAUUUGCAUCCAUGGAAAACAAAAGGUUUAUAGCUGAAGCGUUAAACAUUAAAAGUACAGUCAGAGAAGCUCAGCCAUCUUCUCAUUGAUGAGGGAGGGGGGGAAAAAAUUUAAAUUAAAAAAAAUGUGAAAAAAAUGUUAUUACUAUAUGGGUUCUUUACAGCCCAGUGCUGCUUUGUACACUUUAAUUAGAAUUUUUGUUUUGUUUUCGGUAUGUUGUGUUGUACAGGCUGUUACAUAAAAAAAUCAUAUCUUCAUGAUUUAUAAAAAAAUAAAUAAAUGACCUGACGAACGGUAUGCUCCAAAGCAUGGUUAAUGUGUUGGUUUGUGAGGAAUGGGCUAAAAAAAAAAAAAGAAAAAGAAACCUGCUGGGGGCAUUUUGUGUGCGUUUGUUUUAGAUUUUAUUUAAAGUAGGAAGAAAAAAAAAAAACGUCUGGUCACUGACAGGUUAUUGCAGUGUUUACACUCCAUCACAACUCGUCCAAAAUGUUGUGGACUAAAAUGACUCCUCUUAAGGCCAAUAGUGGGAUUUUCUUUUCAUAGCUUUUUUUUUUUUUUUUACAGAAGUAGUGGCAGCUCUGUCCUAUCUGACAUACAGACCAACAUAAAUUUAAAUUAAAUAAAAAAAGAAGCAGACCUGGACGACAUUUAAGCUACUGACACACGACUGUUUGCGCUGACAAAUCAUCUGCUCGUUUGUCUUGCUGGGUUGCAUAGAGGGCUCUAACAUAAUGGAGUCAUGUUUGUUUUUUUUUUUUUUGCUCCAGCGUGGAUUUAUUUUUUUAUUUUUUCUUAAAUUGGACCCUGAGUUUCGGCGUUUCCUAACAGAGCUGUUUAUUCUGACCUCUUUCCCACCGAUUUAGGUUGUGGGGAAACAAAUUGGAGACGUUCGAACUGGAUGAGAAGAUCCAUCUGCAUGUUAACUUAACAAAAGAGAUUUACUCCAAUCGUCAACAAAUCUUAUCGCAGCACAACAGCUUCGUUUUACAAACUGUGACUCAGCAGUUAGCAGUACUUCCUGUCUGCCUUUGUUUCGGUAGCUUUAUGUUAAUUUCCUUUCUAAGCAUCUAAACCUGCUGCGUUUACCAUGUGAUCUCCAGGUAGCUGGAGAGGAAGAAAAACUGCGUUUUCCUGACUUCACUUUUCUGGAGUUCAGUCCUUAAUUUGUAUCAUAAAAUAUGAAAUAUUGAAAAUUAGUAUGACUGUGGCAGGCGUUAAAUGAGAAAUAUGCAAAAAAGGAAAAAGGAGUAAAGAGGAGGACAGAGGGAAGAGAGAGUAGGGCUAUAAGGUGGGAAAUAAAACAAAGAUGGAAAACAUGAGGGAGGGAAGAAGUUACUAAUGCUAAAAACAAAAAAAAAAGAAAAAGGCUAAAGAUAUGUUGGGGACAAGGAAGACAAUACAUCAUUAUGAAAGGAAGGAAUAAAGCAGCACUUGUAUAAACACGAAAUAGAGUCCAGGAAUAUGUUCUCAUUUGGCGAAAAUUAUUUAAGGCCCUGCUGUUAGGUUUUUGUUUUCUUCCCCCAGACAUGAGUCACAACUUAGAGACGUCCUACUUACUGCAUAUAAACUCCAGAUGGGCAGAUUGGUAAAGUUGUAGCAACUUCCCAAUAAUGACCUCAAUUAACCUCAUGCUACACCAAGCAGACGCUCCGUCAGCCCUGAUGAAGACUGACUCACAUCGGCAUGCUGAACGGUUGAACUGACUCACAGGCGAGGGAACCUGGCCUUAUUUUAUAAGUAAUUCAGCUAAUUAUUGUUUGACUGCAUGUUGGAGUGUAAAGUUUCCAACUUUCAGCCCAAGAUGAAAGAAUCAGAAAAUGAAAUUUUCAGACCUUACAUCCCAAUAUACAUGCACUACACAUGACACAUGUGUCUUAUAUGUGUAAUAGUGCUUCAUCGAAUGCACUUUUCUUCACAUUUUAUAAAACCUGAACUUGGAUGCAGCAGCUUUAGCUCACCAGGCUAGCCCCCGCUCCUUUGAUUGAUCCUCCCAUCUAAUUCUCACAGACUCCAAAUUGUUCAGGUUUUCCUUUAAAUCUUCCAGUCAGAAAGCAGCUUUAGAUAAACUUAUUCAAACGUUAUUUGGUCAGCAGGACACGUGUAACAUUUCUAAACCAGAAAAGGGAGAGGGGGAAUUUAAAUCGUUUUGUUAAAAAUGAUCAUCAAGCUCAUAGGAUAAAACAAACAAAAAAAGAGUUUUUCCCCCGAUUUGGGGGGUAAAAUCAGAGCUAUGCAGCAAGUUUGAAUGAAAAGCUGAGGGUUAAAACCUUUUAAAUAAGCUUUGAGGACAGUUCCCAACAUAAACAAAAAGAAAAGUUAAAUGUUUGGUUCAGCUUCAUUCAACUGUACACCUUAACUUCCACUCAUACAAACAAACAAACAUACAGUCCUUCAGAUAUCCCAGAAACCAACAAAAAGAAAAAGUCCACACAGUUUUAAAAAAAUAGCGAAAAGAUCUUUGUACACUUGGACACAACAACUGGUAACAUGUUCCCGAACCCUGACGCACAAGAUCCGCUCUCAGACGUGAGGUUGCAAGCUACAGUGAGUGCUUUUUUUUUUUCUCCUUUUUUAUAUCUAUAUAUAGAUAUAUAGAUAUAAAAAAAACAGAUGAUCACAGUAGUUCAAAUAAAAUGGCUCCUUUUUUCAAAUAAAUAAACAAAACAGCCUUUGUUUUACAGGACUUUGAGUCAAUACAGUUCGAAAACAAAGGAGAACAGCAGCGGUUUUUAGUCCUAGAUGAAAAUAAAUACAGAGAAAUGAAACAGGAUCAACACAACAGGACUGGGUGUAAAACCUCCCAAACACACGGAGCUAACAGCGCCAUCUGGUGGCCGGAUGCUCAUGUCAGAAUUCAGCAAACACAAAGACUUCUGUUAUUUCACUACAUUUUUCUAAAAGGAGAAUUUAAAACCUGGAGUAAUUUUCUUUCCCUAAUUUUGCGAUAAAACCCGAAAUAAUUAUAUGCAAUAAUCAGUAAAAAAAAAAUUUGUUUCUGUUUGCCACUGAUUUAAUGUUUUCUAAAAUUAGUUUCUCCUCAUCCAUAUAUAUAAAACUGUAUUUGAACAAAUCCUAACAGUUUGUUCAAAUAGUUUUUUUUUUUUU